UUUGAAUCAAAAUCAAAGCUUUAUUCUUUGACAAAGCCAUUGAAACGACGCCGUCUCAUCAUUACUCAAAAAGACGAAACCUUUCUUAAACGACUUCUCAUGUCUCAAUCAUCAUACUGUUUUUUCUUUGUCAGAUAGCUUUGGUCAUAUUCAUUCUUCUCAAUCAAAAUGUAAAGUUCCAAUUUUUAUUUGUCUGUACCUAUGUUUUUGGCCACCAUCAAAGUGGUGAUGAUGAUGAUGAUGAUGAUGAAGAAGAAGAAUUCCCAUUAGUGUUUUUGGUUUUCCUUUUCUGGGUUUUCAGUUGCUUCUGGUGUUAUGGCUCUUGCUGAGUGUUUUGAGAGAAUCUUAGAGAGACCCACAAUGGUGGGAGUGUGUACAGGGAUGUUUAUACUUCUUUCUCCUAUUUGGGUUGCUUUUCUUGUAGGUGUAAUGGUUGGCUGGGCAUGGAAACCCAGAUGGGCAAGCUUUGGAAAAGACCUUUUAAGCUUCUCUUCAAAUUCUUUGGUCUCAACUUUACCUUCUACACCAUAUCAGCUGCCAAAUAACUCACCAGAAAAAGGGUUAUCUUUAUCCCAAUCUGAAGAUGAUGAAUUGCGUAGUGUGUUGGAGUUGGAUGAAGAGGAUUCUAAUCUGGUAACUGUGGAGGAUUUGGAACAUCUUUGCCAACUUGUGGAGAUGAAAGAUGGAGGUCCUACUUGGAUACCGAUGAUGAAUCGUUCCACCCCAACGACGAGCUACAAAGCAUGGCGAAGAGAUCGCAAAACUGGUCCUCCUCAAUAUCGUACCAGCACUGUGUUUGAGAAUGCCGCGCCUGAAAUAGUUAGGGACUUUUUCUGGGAUGAUGAAUUUCGAUCGAAGUGGGAUGACAUGCUUGCAUAUUCCAAAACUCUAAAAGAGUGUCCAACCACAGGAACCAUGCUUGUUCAUUGGAUAAGAAAGUUUCCAUUUUUCUGUAAAGACAGAGAAUACAUAAUUGGUCGUCGCAUAUGGGAAAUAGGAAGGUCAUACUACUGCAUAACAAAGGGUGUUGCCUGUUCUUCCAUCCCAAGGCGUGACAAACCAAGACGAGUUGAUUUGUAUUACUCGAGUUGGUGUAUCCGACCAGCCGUGGAAUCAACGAGUGGUGAUGGUCAGCUAAACGCCUGUGAAGUGCUGCUCUUCCAUCAUGAAGACAUGGGAAUUCCAUGGGAAAUUGCUAAGAUUGGAGUGAAGAAAGGAAUGUGGGGUACUGUUAAGAACAUGGACACUGGUUUCAGGGCAUACCAGAAAGAAAGAGCAUCAGGAGUGUCACCCUCUCGGCCGGCUUUUAUGGCUAAUAUCAACAGCAAAAUCAAUCCUGAUUACAUGAGAUCCUUGUUGGUAGAUGGUGAUGAUGAUGAUGAUGAUGAUGAUUCAUCAGAGACUCAAGUAGAUACUUCAUCUGAGAAACCACAGGGUAGGAAUAUACCAAAGCUGCUAAUUCUUGGUGGGGCUAUUAUCUUUGCUUGCACUUUUGACCAAGGACUUCUAACAAAGGCAGUUAUAUUUGGGGUGGCAAGAAGAUUUUCAAAUGUGAGAAAGAGAUUGUGAGCUGCAAAGGCUUAAAAACUCUUGUCAUCUAGUCUUCCAUGGAAGAGAGAUUCUUCUCAAUUUUUUUGCCAGUUGACUCUUUUUAGAUAGAUGAGAGUUGUUUGUAUGUUUACAAUGUCUGUCACCCUGAUCUAUUCAGAAUAAUAAGACAUUGUCUACUGUUGUAAAUACUUAAAUUAGAAUUUCACAAUGCCUUCUCUUGCAGAAUUUGCAUUA